AUGCUUCUCAAGGUGUUGGGACUGGUUUCUACCACUUUCCUUGCUGUUCUUGCUGCCACUGAUUUGUCUGUUAGUGUGUCACAACUCGCUCUUAAAUCUUCAACUCCCGGCGAAAAACCAAAUACUGUCUAUCUGGAUUAUCCCGAAACGACCGCCAAUGAACUGUCUGCAUCGUCCAACAGCAUUCUGUCACUUUCAUUCAAACUGCACGAGUCUGCUUCAUCUGGAAACCAAUUUAUUGCUCAAUAUGUUGCUCUUGCUAUUGAAAAUACAGAGUCACACACCUCGGCUACAUUCUUGUGCACUCACUCAAGCAGUGGCCAUUACACCGCUUCGUUGAAUCUGGCAUUGGAAGCAAUUUAUAUGCAAUUAUCUCAGCCUUCUGGCCAGCAUACCCUGACUCUAUUUGUAUCCGAUAACCGCAUUCGUCCAUUCAAAUACCCAUUGGGUACAGUCGAUCUCGAAAUCCAGCCCUAUCUGCCCAAGAUUAAAAACGAAGCAAAUGAUGUAUUUGUCAUUCAGCCCGAGAUCACUCAUACUAUGCGAAAGGAGGAAAAGAUGCCCAUCCAGAAAUUGUCGUAUAUUUUCACUGCCGUGACACUUUCGCCUUGGAUGCUGUUUUUCCCCAUGUGGCGAGCAUUAGGUGCCAACAUCAACAACCUGUUUUUCUCUGUAUCCACUGCUUUGUUUGGAAUGGCUUUCCUCUCUAUGCUUGCAGUGCUUCUCGGUAUACUUUUCAUGUAUUGGUGCAGUCUAACCAUCUUUGAGCUGAUUGGGUAUGGAUUGGCCGCUGCUAUUCCUACAGCUCUUUUGGGUCAUCGCACGUUGGUAUGUUGUGCACACAUACGCGAAUCGACUCAAAUUAAAGGGAAAUAAAGUGUUGGGUUGUCU